UGCGUCAUGGACGUUCUUGGUGUCAGGCAAAAAGAACGGUGAGCAUAAACAUUGCUACACGAAGUGGUUUAGUUCACACCUAAAUAUAUUAUACAUAUAUGCCUAAAAACAACAUUUGAAUAGAUUGUGAAAUCUAACUAAAUACUGUGGGUAUUUUAAGCAAAAGAUUGGUUAAACAACUUCUUCCAAGCAUGGGAAAUAGGACUGCAAAACCAAAGGGCAGAUACCUAAAUGAAUUAAUUAAAAAAGUUCCCAACAUGAAUUUCGAGGAAGUGCUAAAUACUUACGAAGAAUUCCAAGCGCAGUCGCGAGGCAGUGGUCGCCUCAAGCAGAAGGAUUUUAUUGAAGUAUACAAAAGAGCCUUCCAGGGGAACAAAGGGGCCACAGCUCUGGCCGAGAGUAUCUUUCAGUCGUUUGACACGGACAACAGUGGUUAUAUCGAUUUUGAGGAAUUUCUAGUUGGUCUUAGCCUUACAGAAGCAAGUCUUGGUGGAUCGGACAGAGAAACAAAGUUAAAGAAACUGAAAUGGGCAUUUAAUGUUUAUGACAAAGACCGAAGUGGGACGAUCGACAAACACGAAAUGCGAUCAAUAGUGCGGGUUGUGGCAGAGCUUACUCCGGAAGAUUCGUUUCUAAGAAACGGCUCGGCAGAAGACUUUGCAGAUCGCCUAUUCAAUCAAGUGGACGCGAACGGAGAUGGAGAUAUUACAUUUGAAGAGUUCCGAAGGGCAGCUGAAAUCAACGAAACCUUGAUAGAUUUACUACUCCCAGCGCCAACCGUUUGAUUUGAAGUGUGACUAACUUUUCUCCGCUAUAUUUAGUGCUAUUGCGUCUGUUUUGCAUACAUUUUACUAAAUAAAUUUGGUCAGUAAGCCUUAUUUACCAAAAUCUACUAGCAAAUAUAACUUUAGUGCUAGUUAUGCAGUAAACCCACUUGGUCUUGUUUUAUCUUUCUGGAGUUUUGAUAGGGUAAGAUUUAGUUUUCACUACUUAAUAACUAAAAUGAUUAAAUAUGAGGGGGCUAUAAAAUCAUUGCGCUGUGGCGGCUUACGCUCUAAUACAAAAAGGACGAAAAGAGCGAAAACAUA